AAAUCAGCAACCUUUACCAUCAAAGCCUCCUACUUUCAUUUGUCUCGUCAAUCUUUGUACCUUCUGCAGAAACCAUGUCUCUGAUAUAUGAAUUUAUGGAUUUAGUUUAUGAUUUCAUGGUUUCCGGGAAUUGUUUGGGCACAAAUCUCAUUAUUAGUGCUAUUUUCUUGCAGAAAAAUGGCUGAGGGAACAGCUGGAACCAAACCUGCGAAGAAGCUUGUUGAGAUUGAUAUAGUUUCGGAUACUGUAUGUCCAUGGUGCUUUGUGGGCAAGAAGAAUCUUGACAAGGCUGUGGAGGCAUCCAAAGGUCAAUAUGACUUUAGGAUUAGAUGGCACCCAUAUCAGCUUAAUCCAAAUGCCCCUAAAGAAGGUGUUGAUAAGAGGAAGUAUUAUGAGCAAAAAUUUGGGUCUGAUAUGUCUGCAAAAAUGGCAAAUAGGAUGUCUGAGAUUUUCAGAAGCCAUGGCCUCGAAUAUGACCUGUCUGGACUGACGGGAAAUACUCUAGAUAGUCACAGGCUUAUUUACUUUGCUGGGCAGCAGGAUCCUGCGAAGCAACAUGAUCUUGUUGGUGAGCUCUUUCUUGGGUACUUCACACAGGCAAAGUACAUUGGGGACAGGGAAUAUCUUCUGGAAUGUGCUAGGAAAAUUGGUGUAGAAGGAGCAGCAGAGUUUCUUGCAGACCCCAACAAUGGGCUCAGUGAGGUUAGAGAAGACCUUAAGAAGUACUCAGGCAACAUAAAUGGAGUCCCACAUUUCAUGAUUAAUAAUGGAAAGCAAGCAUUGAGUGGUGCUCAACCGCCUGAGAUUUUCUUGAAAGCUUUUGAAGUAGUAACAAAGUGAUACGGCCACACAUAAAUAAGUAUUACUCUCUGAUCUCCACAUUUCAGAAUUAUGUAUACUAAGUGACUUUGUUCUGUCAAACAAUCUGUUUUUUUUUUUAUGUUUUCAGAGUGUGAAUUGGAAUCAUUGAUUAGGUGAACUCACGUGUGGUAUUGAUUUACUGAAGUUCCCUGUCCUUGUAAAACAGAUUUUAGGUCCCAUGACCUCUUUAC